AACUUAUAAAAAAAUAAAAUCACCAUAUUAAAAAAAACAUAACCUCACUUACAUGUUUUAUUUAUAAUUUAAUAAUGUCCGAAACGAUUUUGAAAGAAAAACAGCUCAAAAAAGCUUUGCGUAAUAAAAAAAAUAAUAAGCAAACGAUAAAAAAUGUUUUAUCAACCUCUGAAGAACUUUAUUGGCCGAUUAUAAAAGGAAACGAUUUAAAUGUUUUAAAAAAUGCUUUAGAAUCGUAUUUACCACGAAUUAGACCACAAAAAGUUUCAAUCAAAUACUCUGAAAUACAAAAUUUAAAAAAGGAAGAACGGAAAGAAUAUAGAUUGAAAAGAACUGAGGUUGUUAAAUACGAGAAUAAUGAUAACGAAAGUUUAACGUUUGGAUUAAAUCAAGUAAAUAGGCUCGUUAUUAAUAAAACCGCCGAUUUCGUUUUAAUUUCAAGCAAUGUGAGUCCUCGGUUCAUUCUUGAAGGUCUUAUUAGAGAUUGUACGUUUUAUAAGGUGCCUUAUUUAUUAGUACCGGAUUUAAAAGCGAUUUUACAAGAACGUUGUGGUAUUAAAAGUAUGAUUAUUGGAUUUAAAAAUUGUAAAAUUUCAGAAAAUUUAGGUUUAUUAAAGAGGAGUUUUGAAGAUGUUUAUAAAAAUUAUGAUUUAAAUUUAAAAUGUGAUGAAUUAAAAAAUGAUUUAAAACAAGAUGAGUUGAAAAAAGAGGAAUUAAAAAUUAAUUUUGAGCCUGAUGAUGUUUAUUUGAAGAGGAAGGAUAAAAAUGGAAGGGUUUUUCAACCAAGUUGUUGUACUUUGCAAAAUGAUUUUAUCGGUUUUGAAUCAAUUAAAUUUAAACCUUUGGUUGUUAAACGUAUUAAAAGCGAUUCGGAAAGGAAUAAAAAGAAAUUAAAAACUAAAUAAAUAUUAAUUGAAAAU